GGAUUGGUGGAGAACUUACGAACACGUUUCCUUUCAUUUUUAAUUGUCUCUAAACUGCGCUGGCCCAAUAAAAUGCAAUAUGUCCUUAUUUCUUCGUAGGCUGAUUGCAAGGAAGGUAGCUGAAGCAACUGCUAAAUCAGAGGAUGUCAUCUUUCUACUUUUGACCCCAGCGUUGAAAGGCAAACAGAACAGCACUGAUCUCAAGCUUGGAUUCCCUGUGACUUCACUGAGCUCUAAUGAAGAGAAUAGUUCUCGCUCAAGACGUCCUGAUUUCAAUGUACUCAAUGAAAAAGCUUUGCAAAUUGCCAAGAAGAUUACAUGCCCUGAACAUGUGCAGAACAUCAGUGUUGAGAAAGGAGUAUUGUAUUUUUCACUGGAUCCACAAUUUAUUGUCAAGCAAGUUCUACAGGAUGUUUCAGAGCAACAAGGGGGCUAUGGCUAUCAACAGUACCCUGGCAUUGAAAGCAAACUCAAUAUUAUUGUGGAAUACAGCUCUCCUAACAUAGCCAAGCCCUUCCACGCUGGACAUCUCAGAUCUACGCUCAUAGGAAACUUUCUUGCCAACCUUCAAGAAAGUCUUGGCCAUAAUGUCACAAGGAUCAACUACCUAGGAGACUGGGGCACUCAGUUUGGUAUUCUUGGAGUGGGUUUUCAACAAUUUGGAAGUGAGGAAAAACUUAAGGUGAAUCCAAUCCAGCACCUGUAUGAGGUUUACAUUGCGACCAACCAGGCAGCAGAGAAUGACCCGACCAUAUGGCAAAGGGCUAAGGAACUCUUUAGAAAAAUGGAACAAGGAGAUUCAGAUGCAUUAGAGCUGAGACACAGGUUCAAGGAGCUGAGUAUUCCAGAUUAUAAGAAAACAUAUCAGAGGCUUGGCGUUCACUUUGAUGAGUACUGCAGUGAAUCUCAAUACAGCAGUGAAGCACAGAAUCUUCUCAUCAGUCUCAGAGAGGAAAAUCUGUUAACUACAUCAGAGUGGAGAGGAACAAGUGACAUCAAUCUUUCAGACAUCUGUCCCAGGUUUCCCGUAGCCACCCUUGCAAAGAGCGACAGCUCGUCUCUCUACCUCACCCGAGACCUGGCCGCUGUACUGGACAGGAGGAAACAUUACACCUUUGACCGUAUGUACUACGUGGUGGACAAGGGACAGGAAGGGCACUUUGAGCAGCUGAAAGGGGUCCUAAAGAAGAUGAAUCGGGAAUACUUUCAAGGAAUCCACCAUGUUAAGUUUGGUAAAGUUUUGGGCAUGCAGUCUCGGAAAGGAACAGCUGUUUUUCUGACCGAUAUCUUGGAUGAAGCAAGAGACCGCAUGCUGCAUAAUAUGGAGCAGACUUCUACAACCAAGGAGCAGGAAAACCCUGAACAGGUAGCAGAAGCCCUUGGAGUUUCAGCCAUCAUACUCCAGGAUCUCAAGGGGUCUAUAAUCUCAGACUACAAGUUUGACUGGGACAGAGUCCUCACUAGUCAGGGAGAUACAGGAGUCUUUCUACAGUAUUCUUAUGCAAGGCUCUGCAGCAUUGAGGAGUUGAACAGUAUGCCACCAUCAUCCUCACAUGAUGAAAUAGAUAGCAAUCUGUUGUGUGAGCCUGAAGCGGUCCAACUAGCGUGGUUUAUCAGUCACUAUGAUGUGGCUGUAAGAAGAGCAGAGGCAGAGAUGGAGCCCAAGGCCGUGGCCCAGUACCUGUUACAGCUUGGACAUUUGAUUUCAAGAGCCAACAACAAACUUAAAGUGAAGGGAAGUCCAGAUGAUGUGAAGAGGGCUAGACUUCAGCUAUUCAGGUCAGCAAGAAUGACUCUGGCCAAUGGAAUGAGGCUGCUUGGCAUGAAACCACUUUCGAAGAUGUAGAAGAUCGUGCUUUUAGAUACUGAUGGAGUCUUCUGUUCUUUGAUGUUAGUUUUGUGUCUACUGACUUUAAGAUUAGACCGAUCAUUAUAUGAAACUGGAUAAUGUGGAACUGAAAGUCUCCAAUUUCAGUUGAUUCAUGCAAGAUUCUGUUCUAGUUUGAGAACUACUGUAAGAUGCGAUGGGUUGAAGUCUUUCAUUCUGCAAUUCGAAGACCCCUCAGUUUCAUUUUUUUUAAACUUAGAGGUCAUGAGGGUUUAGAUAUAGACUAAGCCAGGGGUUUGGCAAUUGGGGUAACACGUUACCCCAUUUAACGAUUAAUUGUUUUGUGUAAACUCAGAAUUAUUGAAUUAAAAAGAACGACAACUUUUUUCUUUGCUUUUGGUUGAAAGUAUUAUUUGUCAGGAAAGUUUUGUACGUACGUCAAUCCUUCUUCCACUAUGAUUUCCGUAUUUUUUUUAACAGAAGUUUUAUGAAAAAAUUUGAAAAUUGGCAUAUUAACCUCAAAUGUCAAUAUCAAAAUGUUGCAAGUAGAAUAAUCUCAGAAUUAGUGAGAUGGAAAUAUCAGCAUAUUGGUCUGAAUAUCACAAAUGAGGAUUAUCUUAACCCAUGGUUAAUCGUCAAGUGACGUAAGCAUG